AUGUUUUCGAGAAAUUGCCUACUGCUGCUGGCCUGUUUCUGGACGCUCCUCCAGAGUGUCGCGGCUGCUCCCGAUGUCGCGCUGGAGCCUGGUCUUGAGGAUAGCCACCGUCUGCAGGGGCGGGACCUGGAAGAGCGCAAUAAUCAUCCCGGUCUUGAGAGCUCCUUGCUGUCGGUUCUAACCGCGGAUAUAGCGUCCUCGACCCAACACCGCAGUGGUGGCGGUACUACCACCACCGAGCAAGGCAGUAGUGGUAAACCGUCCGCUACCCCUACCACAGAGGGAGGUAGUACCUCGCCUACUUCCCCUGCAGGUGGAAUCUCGCCAACUGGCACUGCCGGUACAGAAACUGGAACUGGCACCACUAGUCCUUCGACUGGUUCUCCGAUUGGUCCCGCCAUUGGUCCGUCCACUAGCACUGUCGAAACCUCCAACACUACCUCGACUGGCGGUCCUGGAACUUCCAAUGUUCCCAGCACCAGCCCCUCGACUGGGGGACCAGAGAAAUCCACUGGCCCCCACACUAGUCCUUCCACAGGCGGUGUUGGUCCCUCUACCGCUGCUAUUCCCCAGACUAGCGGCAGAGUUGGGGCUUCUUCCAGUGGCUCAGAGACCUCGCCUGGUAAAUCUACCUCUCCUGGAGGAGGUGGAGCCACUGGAACGCCUGCCACUCAGCCUUCCACUACUCAACCCUCUACCACCUCCCCUUCUGGUGGCGGUGGUACUGGAAGUGUAACUCCAAGCGGUGGUGGCCGCACUUCUCCCAUUGUUGGUGGUGGAGGCGGCACUGAACGACCCAGUACUCCCACUUCUCCCACUAGCGGUGGUGGAGGUAGUACUGGACAACCCAGUACUCAAACUUCUCCCAUUGGUGGUGGUGGUGGAGGCGGCACUGAACAGCCCAGUACUCACACGUCUCCUACUAGCGGUGGUGGAGGAGGUACUGGACAACCCAGUACUCAAACUUCUCCCAUUAGUGGUGGUGGAGGAGGUACUGGACAACCCAGUACUCACACUUCUCCCACUGGCGGUGGUGGAGGUGGUACUGAACAGCCCAGUACCCAAACUUCUCCCAUUGGUGGAGGUGGAGGUGGUACUGGACAACCCAGUACUCACACUUCUCCCACUAGUGGUGGUGGAGGGGUCACUGAACAGCCCAGCACUACUCACUCUUCUACCACUGGUCCUACGGGCGGUGGUGGAGGUGGCGGUCCUCCUCAGACUAUAAAUGGCGGCGGCGGCAGUAGUGCAAGUCCCUCCGGCCCUAAGGAGACUGUUGUUGUCCCUGUCGAGCCUGUGACUGUUACUUGCCCUCCUGCUGUUACUGUUACUGUCACUGCUGCUUCGUCUUCUGGUACUGGCUGCCCUUGCCCAGGUACUUCUGCUGCUGCUGCUGGUGCAAGCCCCGGCGGCGGCAGCAACCCAGGUGGUGGUGGUGGAGGUAACCCAGGCGGUGGUGGUGGUAAUCCCGGUGGUGGUGGUGGUGGAAAUCCAGGAGCUGGCGGAGGAGCUAGCCCGAGUGGAGGCGGAGGUGGUGGUAACCCAACAGGAGGUGGUGGUGGUGGAAAUCCAGGAGCUGGUGGAGGAGCUAACCUCGGUGGUGGCGGAGGUGGUGGUAACCAAACAGGAGGUGGUAACCCGACAGGUGGUGGUGGAAGCAUCACACCUGGAGGUGGCGGCGGUGGAUCAACCACCACAGGCCGAGGCAGCUCAACAGUCCCUCCAAGCAACAGUGGCGGAGUCUUGACAUCCACCAGAACCAGCUUCAGCACCAGAACCAGCUCCAGCUCCAGCUCCAGCUCCAGCUCCAGCCCCAGCUCCAGCUCCAGCCCCAGCCCCAGCUCCAGCACCAGCACCAGCACCAGGACCAGCACCAGCACCAUCACGAGCACCAGCACCAUCACCAGCACCUCGACUCCUUUCGUACCAACCAGCACCAGAGAGAGAACCAGCAGAACCACAAGCUCCUCUUCCGCGAUUAGGACAACUGGCAGCACGUUGACAACCGCGCCUUCCAGGUCAGAGACCAAAUCAGAGACUAGGUUCAGCACCAGUUCUUCCCAAGUUAAGCCAACUAAGCGAGCAUUUGUGGCCCCUGAUAUUGUUCGACGAGCCCCCCUUGGAAACAUCACGGCCCUCUUCAGCAACUCGACUAUCUCGAAUAGGACUACCACUGCGAACCUCACUGAGGCUGCGUCUGUGCCUGCCUUUUUGCCUCGCUUCCACCGUGGUCGUUUCAGGGCUUAG